CAUGUGCCCACAAACUACGAGGUAAGAGUGUCGUCGUCGGUAUCGCGAUAUCGAUACCCACACUCAGUGCCGCGAGUAUUGCACGACAACGGUGUAGAUCUUCAACAUUUUACAUACGUACAUGGCAACUUACUACGCAAUGUGCUUACAUUGAACUACGCGUUUGAUCUGGAUUAUGGACGCGAACAAUCUCCAGUUAUUACAGGAACAAUCACAUUAAAAUUACUUGGUAUCAAAUUGUUGGAAAUGCGCAUAAUGUCGCGAAAAGAAUCACCCGUACAGGAAGUGGUAUCGUUUGGCAACGUCCACGUUAUGGCAGUGACUAUACCUGAGAUGCAUAAUCGUACGCUGAUCAUGAUCGGUCUUUACGGACAUCGCACUGGUUUGUAUAGCAGACAA